CACCUCCAGUUCCGGUGGGGAGAUUGGGGUGGGACUGGAGAGAAUAUCGUUGCUUAGCAACCUUUUCAACUAAUAAUAAUUUUUUCUUCAUUUUCUUUUAACGCAUCAAGGGAUUUUGCAUGUCUCGUUGUAGUUGCGGGUAACGUCAAAACGCUUCGAAUGUGACGACAGAUUUUCGCAAAAAAGAGCAGAAAUGGCUGGACCAGGUGCGCUCAAAAACACUGUGAGGGAACGAGAAUUUCAAACCGAAACCUCGAAAUCGGGUCGAUCGAUCAAAAGGAAUCACGUCACCCCUGCUGAAAGAGAAGGAUACGUCGGUCGGAGACCGAGAGCCAAUCGGUGUUCAUGCCAACGGCUUCCGCCCGUCCCAAAAAGAAAUGAUCCUGUACCAGCUCCCUAUCCUCCUUCCCACGACAACUACAUCGAUUAUAACGCUAAACAUGUGGAUCCAAUUCACUGUCACGAGCCUAAGCUACAGAUAGUUGAUUCCAAAGAUGGGCACGUUAUGGAUCUGGAGAAAUCAGGACUUGUUCCACACUACACUACAAAAUCGACUUUCGGACGAGUACCAAACUAUCUCAAAUUCGGCCAAACCCAGUCGCAGCACGGAGAUUCGUCAAAGGAUGUCCAAUCACGAUCGGAAACGACGAAAGAGCGCCCUAAAGCGGCUACGCGAGUCGUCAACAAGGACAUUGAGGUCAGACAGAUGAAUUCGAAGCUUCAGCAGCGGUGGAUCGAGCUCGAGAAGCGUUUAGGAUUGAUCAGUUUCUCCCGACCGGAUAAACGCGAGGCAAUCGAGGACGAGUUGCGGAGCAUUGAAUUGAAUCUUCGCAUGGCUGUCUCCGGUUAACCGUAGUUCCGAAGUUUAUAUUGAUACAGCUUGAGUUGCUGGCACAACACGAGAAAUAUCUUCCUCUUCUAGUAGCACUUGACCACCUGUACAUUCUGUUAAUGGCGUGUUAUUAGCUAAGAAUCAAAGGAGUAAACACAAAAUCUGAUUGAAUAAAAGAAAUGGCAUAGAAUCUUU